AUGCCUUCCCAACCUGUACAUGCUGCUGCCCCAGCUCCCAACGUUUCAGCAGCUGUCAGUCCCAAAGCUGCAGCUCCAGCUGCAGCUCCAGCACCCUCACACCGUGCGCAUCCGGCUGCUCGUCGUCGUGCUUAUCCGACAGCGCACAUUGCCGCGCACAGUAUGAGCUAUGCUAGCACGCCGGACUUGGCUGCUGCCGCCGCUUCCGAUGCUGGCCAAGACAGUGGUGUGUUUACGCCUGCUGCCGUUGGCCAUUCACCCACACGCAGUGUGUCGUCUAGUAUGCAAACGCCUUCACGCACGAUGCCGAUGCGGUCCGUGACACAGCCUUCGUUGAGCAACAUAGCGAAUGCUGCUCCCGCAGCCAGUACACAGCAGCCAGGCAUGGCAGGCGCUGUCGACACGGGAUCAUCGAUUAUCACACCUGGUUUGCAAGGGGUGCCUGGUGUCCCUGGCGUUCCUGGUGUUCCGGGCGUUGUUCCGACGACCGGUGCCCCUGAUAUUGUGCAGCCAAUGCAAAAUAUGAGCUUGGGACCUGGUAAUGCACGUGUCGGGAACCAAUUGCUGAAUGCUGUUGUUGGUGCGCAGCCGCCGAUUAUGACAGAUCUGGAGGGGCCACCGCCACCUAUUAUGCUUCCUCCUAAUGCAACUGUGACACCGUCUGUUCGUGCUAAUGCAGACCCAUCGUAUCAGCGCUGCACGCUAAAUGCCAUCCCCACGACCAACUCGCUGCUGUCUAAAUCAAAACUGCCAUUCGCCGUUGUCUUGUCGCCCAUGCGCACAGUGAGGCCAGAAGAAGGCGACGAGCCUGUGCCUGUGGUGACAGACUCUGUCAUUGCUCGUUGUCGUCGUUGCCGGACGUACAUCAAUCCGUUUGUCACAUUUGUCGAUGGUGGCCAGCGCUGGAAGUGCUGCAUGUGCUACAUCACGAACGAAGUGCCCCAGCUUUUUGACUGGGACCAAGAAACGAACCAACCAGCCGAUCGCUGGCAGCGCCCUGAACUUAAUUCAGGUGUCGUUGAGUUUAUCGCCCCACGCGAGUACAUGGUUCGUCCGCCGCAGCCCCCGGUGUACGUGUUCUUGGUGGACGUCACGUAUGCAGCGGUAGCGAGCGGCAUGGUCAGCACAAUGGCCAGUACGAUUCUUGCCUCACUCGAUGCCAUUCCCAACAAGGACAACCGCACCAAGAUCGCACUCAUUGGCUUUGACUCACAGCUCCACUUCUUCCGCCUUAUGCCCGGCAGCACCGAGCCCUCGCUCUUGGUCGUGAGUGAUCUGGAUGACGUCUUUCUCCCUCAACCGAGCGAUCUCCUUGUCAACCUGUCGGAGAGCCGUGACUGUGUCGAGACGCUCCUCCGUAACUUCGGCAACAUGCAAUCCAACGCUGCUGUGACGCCAUCUGCACUGGGCGCGGCUCUCCGUGCUGCACACAGGCUUGUAUCAGCAACAGGCGGCAAGCUCGAAGUAUUCACAUCGUCACUUGCGACAACAGGGCCUGGUGCGCUCAAAAUGCGCGACGACAAGAAGCUGUAUGGAGGGCCACGCGAGAGCUCUCUGCUUAGUGCACAGUCGUCCUUUUACAAGUCUCUUUCAAUUGAGUGCUCACGCAACCAGGUAUCCGUCGACAUGUGGCUCUUUGGUCCCAGUUACGUCGAUGUCGCGACGCUGUCAUGUCUACCGCGCUACACUGGUGGACAGACUUUCUUCUACCCUAUCAUGGAUCCGAAGCACCCUGAGGUGUCGCAUAAGUUUGCGCAUGAGCUGAGCUCUGUGCUCACGAGCCCCAUGAGUUUCGAAGCGGUUCUGCGCAUGCGAGCGACGCGUGGCAUUCGGCCCACGUCGUUCCAUGGCAACUUUUUCGUUCGCUCGUCGGACCUGCUUGCACUGCCUAGUGUGCCGACCGAUCAGAGCUACAUGAUUGAAUGUGAGAUUGACGAGCCUCUGCACACGACAGUUGCUGUUCUCCAGAGCGUCGUGCUUCACAGUACUGCCACUGGUGAGCGUCGGAUUCGUGUGAUCACGACGGCUGUUCCAACGACCACCAAUCUGUCUGAGGUGUAUGCAAGUGCCGACCAGUUGGCCAUUGCGGCGUUCAUGGCGAACAAGGCGGUAGAAAAGAGCCUGCAUGCUCGUUUGGACGAUGCACGUGCGAUGAUCCGCACCCGAAUUGCCGAUAUCUUUACCGCUUACCGUACAACCAUGACAAAUACACGAGGUGGUAAUGCAGCACACCUGACGAUCGCCAGCAACCUGUCUCUGCUACCUCUUCUUGCUCUGGGCCUGUUGCGCAACCGCAGCAUUAGGAUCGGCACACAGAUCCCCAGUGAUGUGCGAGCAUAUCACCAGACGCUUCUCACGACGCUGCCGGUGCAACGGCUCAUUCCAUUCCUACUUCCCGUCUUUUAUUCGUUGCACAAUAUGCCCCCUGAUGCCGGCACAAUCGACAUGUCGACCCAAUGCUUGAUCAUGCCGCCCCGCCUCAACUUGACAAGUGAGCGCUUCGAGCGGCAUGGUCUGUACCUCAUCGAAGAUGGCAUGUCCGUCUUCUUAUGGCUCGGCCGUGCAGCUGUGCCUGCACUCACGAUGGAUGUGUUUGGUGCGCCUGACUACGCGUCACUGCAGUCGGGACCUAUCGUCCUUCCUGAACUUGAGAACAGCAUGUCUCAGCGUCUGCGUGCGAUCCUUGACCGCAUCGUUACGUUACGCCGUGGUCCUUACCUGUCCUUGCUCUACCUUGUGAAGGAGGACGGCGACCCAGGCAUGCGUCUGCUUGCCCUCAGUCGACUCGUUGAAGAUCGCUACGAACAGACUAGCGGCUACUUGCAAUUCCUCGGCCAGAUCCGCGACAAGGUGAAUGGUUCCUAA